GUGUGAGGAGAGUAAAUAGAAUGAAUCUUAUAACUAAACGCAAUUCACACAAAACGAUCUCAGGAGAUUCAACAGCCGCGGAUUUAGCACCGUACCGCAGUAGCGGUAAGUGUGCGCUAGUGUCGGCAUCGCGAUUUGUUGGACAAAUUUUUUUUUUUUUUUAUUUUUUUUUUUAAAUUAAAUAAUUUCUCGUCUGGACGGUUACAGACGUUUUUUUUUUUAAAUAAAAAGAACUUUAUAAAGAAAAAAAAAUUCCAACUCGUAAAUCGAACGUUCUCGUGACGUGUGAUUUUUUUCCACAAAUUCUGUAUAUAUAGGACAGGGGACCCCUUUCAACAAAAUCGGAUCAAAAUUAUGAAUUCCUCCACUUUUCCUGGAAACUCCGGCUCAGCCGCGCCAGGAUUAGGUCCUGUGCCACCACCACCGCCUCCACCUCCAAUAGGCGGACCAAUACCAUCCUUGAGAAUCAACACUGCUGAGACAUGCGGAUCAAGAAGACCGCAAGCACCAUCCGAUUCAUAUGAACCGCCAGCCGCUAUCCAAAACGCAAUGAUGACUAAAGACAAAAAACCCUUCACCUAUACUCCCGGUAUGGGUGGAAAAUUGGAUCUUUCACAAAUAAGAAGUCCAAGAAUGGCACGUAGAGUAGCUAAAAAUGCCAAUGAUGAAGGUAUCGAAGGUCCGCCAAAAUCUGCCCUAGAACCCAAAGUUCCUGUACCACCAGGAAGCGCAAAUCUCUUCGUACAGCCACAAGUUGCUGUUCCAGUCUUCCCAUCAACUAUCCCAUCACCACCAACAGCCAACAGAACACCGAAUGUGCAAAUUAAUCGAGUACCACCAGCUGUACCAGAAAGACAUUCAUCAGUCCCAGAGCAACCACGAAUGAAAGUCGAAACAAAAAUAAUACCCAUUACAAAUAGUUCGCAGCCAAAUUCUCCCGAAACGCCAACGUCACCUACAUCACCUACUCAGGUGACUUUAGCAAAAGCUCCAACACCAUGGCUUCAAAAUAAAAAUAAAUCUCCAGAUGAACUACCAGAAUGGGCUCGACGAUCAAAUGUCACCAAAUCUCAGGAAACUUCGCCUGAAAGUCCUACAUCGCCUCCAAUUUAUAUUCAAGUUCAACAGGCACAACCUUUACAACAAAAACAGCAACCGCAACAAUUUCAAAAUCGACAAUCUCAACAACAGCUUCAGCCAAAAUCACUACCUCAACAACAACCUAGUCGUCCACAAAGUAGUCCUCAAGAAAGGACCAUACCCCUCCGAAUUGAAGACAGACCUUCGGUAUUUUCCGUGAAACAAGAGCCAGGACAUCAUCAACUUCAAAAUACACAGCCUCAUCAUCAAUCACGUUGGUAUCAACAACCACAAAAUCAGCCACAACCCGUUAGUCAAAAUCCACAACCAGUUCGACAAGAUCCUCAACAAUCCGGAGGUUACAUCAUACCAAUAAUGGUCGAAGGUGGUGGUAAUAGUAACAGAACUAACGGUCAAUCAAUUCCACAAUCUACAAAUUACUCACAACCUCAAAUUAGAAUUGUUCCAAUCGACAAUCAGAAUUCAAAAAUGAAUACACAACGUGGACCAUCGGCAGCAGUUGCUCAAGAACCCGGACCAAUACAAUCAAAAUCAUUUCGUGUUCUUCAGAAAAUAACAAGUACGGAUGCUGACGAUGUUGAUGGUGAUCAGUUGCGUAGAAUGCAACUCACUGAGGAUGAGAAAGUUCUCAUGAAUAAAUUCAAAGAACAGGUUGACGCUGACACUUAUCUACAUCAGGAGGCUGAUCCUCGAUAUCGUGGUUCGGCAAUACCGUCACGCGCUUUUCGUUAUUUACAAAAUAUGACUGAUUCUGGAGAGGUUACAACUGCCGGAGCCCCAAGAGCAGUUAACUCAGCCAUUAAGAAACAAAAUAGAAACUCAAAAUCGUUCGAAGAAAUGCAAGCUAAUUUACCAGCAAGCGAGCAAACUGUACCGGAACCGAAAAAAUACACCGGAAGUGCUAUUCCAUCGAGGUCGUUUAGGAUACUACAAGCAAUGACUACCCCAGAGGCUAUUGCCACGCAAGAAAAUUGGCAAGCAGCUGAUUUCGUCAAUCAUACAGAGAAUAACAUAACGGGCAAUCAGCAGGCUAUUUUUUAUCCCCCAUAUCCUAAUAAUAGUUUUUGGUGUCCCGACGGUGGUUGGUGGACUUAUCAUCCAACGCCAUGCAUUCCAAACUCAAAUCCAAAUAAUCAACCCUAUACAUUCUACAAUGACGAGGAUGGUAACACCUACAUUUGUUAUCCAAUUUUCAAACCAAAUUGUCCUCCUCAGUUUCUUCAAAAUGAAAAACAACAAUCUUCAAUCCCAGAAACUUUCGUUACUGACGAACCACUUUUUCUUCAAAACGAUCACGAAGUCUUAAAUUCUCCAAAGUUUGGGACCAAAUCUGAGAAUUACGAACCUAAAUCUCCAAAUCCAAAUCCUGAACCAUCGAAUGAUGACAUCGAAUUUUGGAAUCACAAUCUCAAAUCAUCGAAUAAUCUCCAGGCAACAUCAUCUCAAGAGGAGACGAGAAUAAUCGUCACUCCAUGUACUGACGAUGACACCGAUUCAGAAUCAGAGUCUUCGCAAAGUAACGAAAAAACCGAUUCCACUUCUUCUGAUGAUUCGGAGUCAUUUCUAGCUUACUCGACUGGUCUCAAUCCAAAGACAAAUUUCCAAUCAUUAUCCGCAACGACCAUCUCAGAGGAUCAAUCUUUAUCGUCGGGUAAAUUAGACUCCGAUUCUGAUUCCGAUGAUCAAGAAUACACCACCGAAGAUGACAAAGAAACUUUCUACCCUAAGGAUCAUGAUUGUAAACUAUCGAAUGUAAAUCAAAUGGAAGAUCAACGGUUAAGUGUCAUUCAAGAGGAUUCGGUGACAGAGGAACAGAACGAUAAUGACGAUGCAAACACAGUUAACGUUAGUCUUCCAUUGAGAUUCAAAUUUUCCGUCUCCGAGAACAAUCAAGAUGUAACAACCGUAAUUGUCGGUGACAGUACAAUUCAACCGGAAAAACCCAAAAACGACGAAAUCCACGUUGAUUUUACACUACGACGCAAAAAGACACAAGAAAUCGAAUCAGAAUUUACAAUUGAUGAAUCGCGAACUUUAAAUACCAAACAGAAUUCAUCUAAUAAAUCCGAAAAACUUUUCUACGAAUCUAGAGUCGUUUAUGAUAUAACCUCCUGUCCAACUUAUCCAACUUCUGAUAAUUACGAUUCUGGUGAUUACGAUUCAACUUCCGUAGAGGUUUACAAUUUACCGACUACAGAGGAAAUUUACGACUUGACCUCAAAACAAAUUCAAGAAAAGACAAAUUCAAUUGAUUCUAUAACUAAAUCGACAAAUUUACUCAGUGUUCAAAAUUCACGAGAGGAAACCGAUGACGAGGACAGUGGUGUCACUUCAGAUAUGAGUCGAAUCAUAUCCGAAGUUGACACCGACUCGGAAUGUUGCACAAUAACAAGGAAACAAAAUAAAUAUCAAAGAACACAAACACAUUCACGUCUUUUUCGACUCUUGACCAAUGAUUCCAUCACAACGUCCAAUAAUUGUCCCCUUGAAGAACGAAUUCAUUCUGAACAACGGGAACACUUAAGUCUUCCAUUACAAUCAACUGCUCCCAAUGAUGAUCAUCAUUAUUGUUCCAAUUACUCCAGUGGAAUGACAUCGCCUGAAUAUUCCCCCAGUUAUGAACCCGAAAAAUCAACACAGGACUGUUACUAUCAAACAUGGAAAUCAUCAAAAUCUGACGACUCAGACAUUCUACCAUCAAUGGCUCAUAAAGUUCUCGACAGUCAAAAACCCCAUUGGACAUAUAAAGUAAAUGUUCUCUGUCCGAGAAUUCGUAGUUCAAAAAAUGUUCCCAGGGAUUUGACAUCAAUUACAAAUGAUCCAUCGUCAUCCUAUCCUAAUCACGAUCCACUAGAGAAAAAUAGCCAAUGCUGAUUUUAGCCCCUCCCAGGGUAGGAAUAUGAGACCGAGCAUCCGGUUCACAAGCACCGAACGUGCCCUACGAAUUUUGUCUCUAUCUCUUUAAUCCGCAAGACUGGGCCACGAUGCCCGGAAUGUAAAAAGGCGAGACAUGUGAUUUUUUUCUAUCGGUCCCGACACUACUGAUUACUGAAGAAAAAGAGAUGGGCAUCUUUUAAGAAAAUGUGGCAUUGCUAUAUAAUAUAAUGUGCUUUUUUGAUUUUUAUUUCUAUAUUUUCUUAUACGAAAAAAAUAAUAUCAAUUUAUAAAUUGGAAUCGUGGACUUA